UAUUAAAUAUCGAUGCAUCGAUGGUGUAUCAUCGAUGUUUUUCCACCUCUACCGAGAACCAAGAAAGCGAUGACAGGGAAAAGUUGGUCACACCGUAUGAGUUCAAGUGGAGCGGCAAGAUAUUAUCCCCCAGGCGUCGCUGUGGCACGAUGCGUUUUCUUUGUGAUGUUUGUGGCAAAGGAUUUAUAGCUGAGAACCACCCGAAAAGACAUACCACCAGUCACAAUAACAAUCAGAUGGCGGAAAUCAGCAAAAGGAAGCCUCUUAGAAGUAAGAACACGUAUCAAAGUCCGUCGCAGAAAAAUAGGACCCUAGUAGACCUCAACAAUGAUCGUCUGGAAAGCAUUUCUCCCAGAAAAAUUCGUAGUACCGCAGAACUUCCAUGUCCGCAAUGCUAUAAAUGUUUUGACUCACAGGACAAGCUCGAAUUUCACAUUGAUAAGAUGUGCCAUAAGUGUCCCCACUGCUCACGCUUUUAUGCAAAUGAACGUAGUCUAGGGAGACAUCAACAAGAGAACAUUCCACUGGCAGCCUUUGAGGGCCCGCGAUCAUUAUCGAACAUGAAUGAGCUGAGGGAGCCGCGUGUCAAGCACAGCGACAAUGGCCUGUUUAAGUGCCAAGAAUGCAAUGCAGUAUUCAUCGACAUCCUUUAUCUGCAGAUCCACAGUAAAGAGCACACUAAUGAGCAUAGGCAUCGUAGUCUGUUCAGACAUACCAAGAACGACAUUACAAUGACAGCCUUACAGUGCACGCGUUGCCCGCGUUCAUUCCCUAACAUCCGUGAGGUGAUGAAGCACCGUGUCACGCACAGCGGCGUUGGCCUGUUUAAAUGCCAAGAAUGCAAUGCGGAAUUCAUCGACAUCCUUUAUCUGCAGAUCCACAGUAAAGAGCACACUAAUGAGCAUAGGCAUCGUAGUCUGUUGAGACAUACCAAGAACUACAUUCCAAUGACAGCCUUAGAUUGCACGCGUUGCCCGCGCUCAUUGCCGAACAUCCAUGAGGUGAUGAAGCACCGUGUCAAGCAAAGUGACAAUGGCCUGUUUAAAUGCCAACAAUGCAAUGCGGAAUUCAUCGACAUCCUUUAUCUGCAGAUCCACAGUAAAGAGCACACUGGUGAGCAAGGGCAACUAGAGCGUAGCCGAGGAGUCACACUCCCUAGGGUUAAGAAACAGGUCGACUCCGACUCGAAGAAGAGUGUUUUAGAAAUGUUUUCCUGCCAUGACGCUAAUAGUCGCUCAAAGAGUCCAACAAUGAUAAAGAAGAUGAAGCUCACCGACCCCGACCUUGCUAUAUCAAGCGCCACAAAGAAGAGCUGCAUGACCCAAUCCUUGCCAAUAAAACAGGUCGACUCCGACUCGAAGAAGAGUGUUUUAGAAAUGUUUUCCUGCCAUGACGCUAAUAGUCGCUCAAAGAGUCCAACAAUGAAAAAGAAGAUGAAGCUCACCGACCCCGACCCUGCUAUAUCAAGCCCCACAAAGAAGAGCUGCAUGACCCAAUCCUUGCCAAUAAAACUGGAAAAUACAUGCCAGCAGUGCGGUAAGAAAUUUACCUAUAAACAUUCCCUGACUAGGCACAUGCGUGUUCACACUGGAGAGCGUCCUUUUGAAUGCACGUAUUGCGAGAAGAAAUAUUCGCGCAAGGCUCAGCUAGAUGAGCACACUACUAUCCACACUGGCGACCGUCCUUUCGAGUGCUUGGUUUGCGAGAAGAAAUUUAUUCGCAAGAUACACCUAGCUGAGCACACUCGUAUUCACACUGGCGACCGUCCUUACGAGUGCUUGGCUUGCGACAAGACUUUUCCGCGCAAGUAUACCCUGCUUAAGCACAAUCGUAUCCACACUGGUGAUCACCAUUCCGAUUGCCCGCAAUGCGACAAAAAAUUUAGAGAUAACUACGCACUACAACAACACUUUCGUAAUAUUCACAAUUGCGAACGUCGUAACGAGAAAAAUAAUCAAGGGUUCCUCAAGAAGAAGGAAAAAAGCUUUGACGAAAGUUAUAAACUGGAGAUACACGAAAGAAAGGCGUCGAAUAACAACAAUAUGCCUGGACAGCAUUUGGACAUUAAGGAUGAAAUCGCUUGAAGCAUUUUUUCAUUGACAUGACUUUUUUCUUUAACUAAAUAUUUUUUAAUCUAACAUUUAACUUAAUAUUUGUGUGUGUUACGCUUUUAUUUUUGAGUACAAACAAGUGGAAGUUGCUUUUUGUUAAAUAUUUUUACACGACAGUCUAUAUAGUUUAAAUUAUA